UUGCUAAAAGAGUGGUCAGUAGUGGUCGUAAGCAUGUUAUUUUUGAUCAGGAAGUAUCAGUGAAGUUAUUUGAAGAUGAUGAGACAAGAUGUAAGAUGAGUAGAUCACCAUUUCAAGACACAAGUCAAGAUGAAGAAGUCAGUGAGCAAACCAAGAAUAAGGCUACAGCCAACAUAUAUGAGCAGUGUCCAGAUGAAAAGUCUCUGUUUUGUCAAGUGCAAGGCAAAUGCAAAUUAACAAAGUGUAACUUAUCACAAGAGGAGGUAAUUUCUGUACUUGAGAAGAUGGUGAAGGAUGGAAAACUAAAGUCCUGGCAAUGUGCUGACGAUGAUGUCAGAGUUAAAGGGACUGCAAUUCAAGUAUACCAUGCAGAGUGUGCACUGCUACAACUGAUGAAGACAAAUAGAACCAUCAAUGACUCCAAAUUAGACAAGAUACAUACCUCUGCAUCAGCUCAACAAGUAGUUACUACACCUAAAAAAGAUGACAAUACUCACCUUAAUGCAUCAAGUAAAAGAAAAUAUCCAGGUAUUGCUGUAUCCUUCAGUGAAUCGGUAGUCGUUGGUGAGAAUAACACUGCACCCCAUGACAGUUUUGGAGACAUCCAGCAAUUGACAGCUGUUUUGCCUAAUGAUAGAUCAAAUAAAAAUGAACUUGAUCAUCUUGAUGAAGGGGAAAGUGGAGAGCAGGUUGAUGAUCAAAGUUGUAUAUGUGAUCAUGAAAAUUCGCUAUGUAGUAAUACUGCAGCUAAAAAACAUCUAAAAAACUCUGCACUGAGUAACCAACCUGAUGAAGAUCCUCAAAAAGGGAAGUCAUCUGACAUUAAACAGCCUAAUCAGGCUGACAAUAUACUGAAAGAUAACAGAGAUGAUAAGCAUGAAGAUGUGGCUGAUAAAUUAGAUAACAUGAAUGGUUCUCCUCAAGCAGAAGAUGGUCCCUCUCAAAAAGAUAUCAAAUCACCACCUAGUGUCAUAGGUGAUUCAACUAAAAACAACAUCACUAUGGGGUACAAAGAUGACAGUAAUAAAAUGCCAAGUUAUAGCAAAUCCAAUACCAGUAAAGCAUAUGAAGAAGAUAGCAAUUCCAAUACCAUCGCGGGGUCUGAUAGUAAUGAUUUCCAUGCAGGAGAAAACAGUACAGAGGUUGAAACUAAUGCAAAAAAUGUAGAUUCUACCCAAGCCCCAUCAAGCCAUUCACAAGGGAAUCAUAUCAACACAAAUCACCCAAUUGACAAAUCGCGUGCUACAGCAGGAUCUGUACUUAGUCAUAGCAAAUCCAGUACCAGUCAAGGAUAUGUUGAAGGUAACAAUCCCAAUAUCAUCGCGGAGUCUGGCAGCCAAUCAUCUGAUAGUACUGGUUCUACCAAAGCCCAAUCUAGUUAUACACGAGAGGAUAAUAUCAACACAAAUCUUCAUAGUAGAGAAAACAUUACAGUGACUGGACCGAAUGCAAAGAAAGCAGGUUCUAUUCAAGGAACAUCUAGUCGUACACAAAAGAACCAAAUCAACGAAAAUCUCCAAACUGGCAAAACUUAUGCUACAGCAACAGCAAUGUCUAAAACGACAGAAGGUUUAGCACCUAGCAAUGAAAAAUUCCCUAAAGAAAGUGUUGAAAAUAACUCUAUCGAUACUACAGCUGCAUCUGACAACAGCUCUCCUAAUUGCCCAGAAAGAGAAACUGAUACUAAGACUGGAAAUAGUAUAAAGAAAAGAGAGGCUACUAAAUUAGGUGGACCUAAUCGCUCGCCAGGAACCCCUCUAACAGGCAACACUGAUGACAAAGAAAGCAGUUCAACUGGAGAUGUUGAAUCCAAACCAAAAGUUUCAAACCAUACUGGUCUUAACAAAAUGGAACAUAAACAGGAUGAAGAUAAAACAAAAUCAGUUGAUGCUGAAAAGUUUAGUGAAACUAACUUCAAUGAACAAUCUGAACGUGCAAAGCAAAUAAUACACAGAUCAAAAGUUACUGUUGUUAAACAAAAAGCAGUUCUUUAUUUCAUGAGUGAAGAUGAAACAGAAUUGAGGAAGACAUUAACAGAGUAUUGUGAUGCAAUUGGAAUUAAUCCACCUGUGGUACAGACAGACCAAAGUAGUGGUGCAGUAACAGGUGAAAAGGAGCAUAGCACAAAUUCCUCCAAUCCAAGUGGAGCGAAUGAAGCUAAUAAAUCAGUUAGAGAAGCUACAGUGGGUGCAGAUGUCCUGGGAUUUGUAUACCAUGUUCAUUUGGACAAAUUAAAAGCUGAUGAAAAAAAGUACAAUGUAGAAUUUGUAUGGAAUGGUGGUGAGAGCUUUAUCUAUAAUACCUGCGAAAG